AUGAGAUCCCUCCGAAUCCUUGGUUUCGCCACAUUAGCUCUGGCCCUGCCAAGCCCGGCAGUCCAGGAGAAUAGCGCGGCUAUUGUCAAGCGAGGCGUAGAAGACAGUGUCGCCGUCGAGGGCCUGUAUAAGAGAGGACCCAUUGAUCAGGCUUUCUCAUCCGCCGCCGCGGACCUGAGUUCUUCCGUCAAUCCCAAAAUUACUGUCAUUCAGUCUUCUGUUGCUACGCUAAAAAGCUCGACCGACGCGCAGGUCACCGCCCAGGCUGUGGCCACCAUCAGAACCAACCUCCAAGGGAUUGCAGUGGACCUUGGUAGGGAUGGUAUCGUUAUAGUAGGAGCAGUCAGUAGUCUCGGUCGGGCUGUGCCUGCCCUGACGCAAGCUGACAUCGACAACCUUACUGCUGCCCUCAAUAGCCUCACUUCUACCCUGACCAACAUCCAAGCUACUUUGGUCCUGGUUCAGAGCGUCUCUGCUAGUACCACUGCCGCCGUCGCCUCCAACAUCUUUACUGUCCGUCUUAGUGCGACAACUAUCGUGAAUCCCGUCCAGAUCCUGGUUCCUAACAUCAUCGCAUCCGGAACGAUCAAGGGGCUUAACGUUACCAACCUUACAGAAGCCUAUCGCAAAUUCGAUGUGAUCGGGGUUGAACUCAUCUCGGGCCUAUAG